GCGUGUCAGUCGCCCGCGACGCACGCAACACGACACACGUUGCGCGAAGCCACCGCCUUGCUGAUGGCUCGUGUGUGAAUGUCCAAUGUUUCCAUGCAAGGUGCGGGGGCGGUGGGACCGGUCGACGGUCGCACGCUCGACCUGCCGACCUUACGUACCGUUCACUGCACGCACCUCCGUUCUCGUGCUAAAAACUAAGUGCAUCUCAGAAAUGCUGUAGAUAAAACCACGAUUGACUAUUAUAUGUAUACGAAGAACAUUGUGAUUGUGAUGUGAUAUACGCCGCAGUUGGAUACGCAUUGGAUAAAUGCAUUUUAUUUUCACACUAGGACAGAGCGUUGGGAACAUUUUGAAAUAUGUUGGACUCCACGAGUCAAAGUCGAAGGACACGGGGAGACAAGCAGCGGCUAUAUGGAUAGCAUGGCGGAGGUGUCCGUACCGCAGAGUCCUCGGCAUCUCCACAAAAGACGACGGCUUUCGCAGUUGUUGGAUAAACUUGCUGUACAAUUGCGGAACAAUAAUCACUAUCCACCACCUCGCUGGCUGAUGCUCGACCCUCCAUAUUAUGAGCCCGCGAAGGCACCGGAGGAACUGCCUUUAGACCUCUCCGUGAAGUCUGAACCGGUACAAAUAUCCCAAGAACCCCAGCAACCAUCAUACGUGUGCGCAACAUGUGGACAAACUUUUACAGUCCACGACCGUUUAGCUAAACAUGUAGCUUCGCGGCAUAGAAAUCGUACCCCUGAGGCGGCACGAGCUUACGAAUGUGAGAUUUGUCGCCGUAGAUUCGCCCGUUCAGAUAUGCUUACGCGGCAUGCACGCCUUCAUAGUGGCGUUAAGCCGUACUCGUGCUCAUCAUGUGGGCAGGUAUUUUCACGCUCGGACCAUUUGGCAACCCACCAGCGCACACAUACCGGCGAGAAGCCAUACCGUUGUCCAGCUUGCCCAUACGCCGCAUGUCGCCGUGACAUGAUCACCAGGCACAUGAGAACCCACACGCGUCGUCCACAACCGGCUUAGAUGACACGAAUGAUUCGCAGUUUAAUUUUAAUUUAUUUUAAUUAUGAAUGACGUUAAAAUGACGUUUUGCAGGCUCAUUGUGCAUUUUAAUUUAAUUUUAGAGUUCCAUUAUAAUUUAUUUCGUUUUGAUCUUGAUCAGUUCAGUUAUUUCUUGUUUAAAAAUAGAGACUGAAUUUUACUUAAUUUUAUUAUUGAAAACUUAAUUUUAAUUUUAUUCGACCUUUAGGUAAGGGUACUGAGGAAUGAGGAUGGUAUUGGCAUAAAAAAGUUUUGUGGUAUUGGCGUUUACCACGUUUGGUGUUGCAUCGUUAGGUAAGAAUGGACAUAUCACAUUGCAUAAUUUGCAAAUUGAGCUAUCUUUAAUUACGACUACUUGCUGAUUUGCGAAUGUAUGUUUCUGUGCCAACCUCUUGUGUUAUCUGCUAAGCGCAAUGCGAUGUGUCAAUUCUAAUACACUUUGUUGUAAGUAAGUACUUCUAAGAUCGCUGACAAUUUAUGUUUCUUAGUACUACAAUUUUAAGUUUGAACUAUUUUAUUGUAAGUUUAAUGUUAUGUGCCAUUGUUAAUAGAAUCUGUUGUUGUCGUUGUUUUAAACUAGCUUAAAUAUAUCGAGGUUAGUUUAAUAUUUCUUGCUUCAUCAUACCUACUGAUCCAAAUUAAUGUACGAAUUGAUCGAAUAUUUGCAUGAUAGAUGUUUGUUUAAAAUUGAUAAUUAUGUAGGUUAAUAUUAAUGCCAAACACGAUAGGUAAUAAUUACUAAGUUAACUGUAUUAUACAGUAAUAUUAAUUAACUGUUGGUGUUAACCGUUUUAAACAUCCUACUUACUGUCUUAACUAUUUCUUGUGUGCUUAUUAUAAUAAGAUUGCAUAAAAUUGUAUUUAAAAAGUAUACGUAAGUAAUGUCUAAAAAAAAUAAUGGUGGCAUUGAUCAGAAAAAAUCGGGUCAGAUAACUACCUGUAGUAGUUAAAUCAUCUUUUAAAACUAAUAAUGCUGUAGUCAUAAACAUGUGCCAAAACUUUUAUGGUAAUAAUGGGUACAUGUUUAACUUACUUAUUUAUUAUUAUAAAACUUAGGUAGGGAAGUAUGUGAAUUAUAUUGUACCUAAUCAUUGAUAAUAUUGACAUACCAUUAGCCAUUGCCAAUUUAAAUAAAUUUGUACAAAUUAAGUAAUUGGUUCCUCUUGUUCUAAUAAGAUUAGGUACCUACCAAAAAUAUGUUUUAAUGUAUUAGUCGUCGUUAGCGUUAAAAACUGGUUGUCUAUGUCUAUAUCAUGAUGUGAAGCUUUAACCCUAUGCCUGCUACCUUCAUGAUGUGUGUCACGGCUAUAGUGUUAUAAACAGGAUGUUCAGUGUGUGGUUUGUAAUAAGUAGGUACUUAAAUAUACGAUGUAGAUUUUGCUUGCAUGUUGCUUUCACUUUUUCAUACUCAGUUAGGGAAUAACAUUAAUUGGUAAUAGAUAAUAAUAAGUAUGACAUAUUUAACCCUGCAAAGUAUUUGCAUUUCUAACUUUCCACAUAAUUACUUUACAAUCUGGUUAGUAUCACAAUUUUCUGUACAUACGUACUCAUAUGAGUGAAUCUCAACCAGCAAGUUAUGAUGGUAGCAGUUCGUUUGAAUUAUUUUUAUUGGUGAUCACAUGCAAUCUCAUUUAUAAUAUAACUUUUUAAGUGUUUGUUAAUUAAAUAUUAACAAUAAUAUUAUUGUUCUUAAAAAUAUUGUUAAGCUGUUAUGUAGGAAAUACAUCCUUCCUAUGCUAAAUUAAUACAUAAGAUAUAAGACCUACCUUUACCUUAUGUAGGCAGCAAAUUGGUGUUUAAUACCUUUCAUGGUAAUAAAUAUAAGUAUUGCGAUGAUGUUAUUAUAUUAAGUAAAACUAUUAAACAUUAUUACCUACUAAAAGUAUUUUCCUGAAUUGGCAGAAAGUGAAUUAUUAUUAUUUAUUGUAAUUAUGUUAAGAUUUAUUUUGUAUUAUUUCAUAUAAGUAAUUAAUUUAAGUAAUUAAGGAUAAUUGUUGAUAUUACUGGUUUAUUUACUUAUUGUUGUAAUAAAGGAAUCAGCAUUCCAUUCCGUAUGUCCAAGGUUAAUAUUAUUACUUGAGUAAUUAUUAUUAUGACGAUUAUUGACGAUUUAUUUAUAAGUAAACAUGACAUUUUCUGUUGUUUACCCUAAUAUUAAGCACUUUUUUCUUACCAAGAUUAUCUGUGUGAGUUCGACUUACCUACAUGAGGGAUGUAACGUUUGUUGAUGGUAUAUUAAAUUUCAUUAUUUUAUAACUUUUUAAAAAAAAUAAAACCGACUUCAAAUGCGUGAA